AAGAGGAAGAGAAGCCUCAAGUCACAACAAAAAUACAACAGUCAGUCUAUUUUUUUUACUUUAUUUCCGUGGUUUCUUUUGCUGCCAAAAGCAUUCGUUUAUCCCUUUACUACCAUGGAAAGUGGUGUGGAGGAGGACGAAGAAGAGUGGAAGGCUCCCUGUUCAAAAAGCCUUGCUCUUUCUUUAUUAGAAUCAAGCAAUACGACGUGUUCGUCAGCUCCUUAUUCAGUCAUUGCGCACUUCGACAUGGAUUGUUUCUAUGCUCAAGUAGAAAUGAUCAGAAAUCCAGCACUAAGAAAUGUGCCUUUAGGUGUUCAGCAAAAGUACAUUAUAGUCACGUGUAAUUAUGUGGCUAGAGAACGUGGUGUUACAAAGCUGAUGUCUGUCAUUGAUGCCAAAGAGAAGUGUCCUGAACUGGUAUUGGUGAAAGGAGAAGACCUGACACACUACAGAGAAAUGUCCUACAAAGUAACAGAACUGCUUGCUUCGUACUGUCCAUUGGUGGAGAGGCUUGGAUUUGAUGAGAACUUUAUGGACAUCACAGAGAUGGUGGAAAGACGGCUGCAACAAUCUAAAACCUGUUCAUUUAAAGGUCAUGUCUACAAUAAUAGUGUACCUUGUCACUUAGUUUCAGAAGACAAAGCUAGGAUCUACCCGUGGCUGGCUAUUGGUUCUCACAUUGCAGCAGAAUUAAGAGAAGCCAUCCACAGUAAACUGGGCCUCACUGGUUGUGCUGGAAUUGCAACAAAUAAACUGCUUGCAAAACUUGUGUCAGGCACCUUCAAACCAAACCAACAAACUACUUUGUUGCCAGAAGAUGUAAGCAGCCUUAUGGGCAGCUUGAACAGUCUACGUAAAGUCCCAGGUAUUGGGCAUCAAACUGCCAAGAGACUUCAGGCUCUAGGAGUUGCCAGCAUUAAGGACUUAGAGCUUUUCCCUUUGGAUCAUUUGGUGAGAGAGUUUGGAGAGCCUAGUGCGAGGCGACUGAAAAACCUAGCUGUUGGCACCGAUGACUCAAGUGUUACUCCAACUGGGGAACCACAGUCACUUAGUGACGAAGACUCUUUUAAGAAAAUGUCAUCAACUAAAGAAGUCAUUGAAAAGAUUCAAGAACUACUGAAAACUUUAGUCGAGCGAAUGCACAAUGAUGGAAGGCAGCCACAGACUUUGCGGUUAACAAUCCGUAGAUAUUCAGCAACAAACAAAUGGUUCAAUCGGGAAAGUCGACAAAGCCCAAUCCCAAACCAUAUUGGCCAGAAAAUUGUCAAUGGUAAAUUUGAUGAUGCAGUGGUUCAGCUGAAACCUUUAGCUAUGAAGCUUUUUCAGAAGAUGGUGGACACCAAUAAGGCUUUCCAUCUUACUCUCAUCAACAUGUGCUUUAGUAACCUGCAGGCCAGAGUUUCUACCUCUGCCUCUGGAAAAAGCUCCUUAAUGUCUUUCUUCAGACAAAGUCCAUCUCCAAAAAAGACCAAAACGGGCACAGCAUGGGAUCAGGGUGAUUCAAAUUCCAGUGAAGGAAGAUGUAAUGUGGAUGAAUCCAACCCACACAGUUCUAUUACACAACAGAUCUCAAAGGAAGAAACUGUUGAUUUCAACCUUACAAACACAGAGAACUCUUUCACCAGACACUCUGGCCUAAAUACUGGGUCAAAACAGGAAGAAACAAGUAGUCCUGAAAUAACUCUUUUGCCUCCAAAUAUUGAUCCAGAAGUAUUGAGAAGUCUUCCUCGUGAAAUCCAGAUGGAACUAAUGCAGUUUAACACCUCCACAGACUUGCUAUAUAAAAAUGUAAGUGCUUUACCUGAAGUGCAUUCACCAAAGAAACCAACAACAACCUUAGAUCCUAUAAGGCCUUGGGGCUCUGUUUCUGGGCACCUCAAAACAGAAGACAUUUUGUCAUUACCGGGAUCGUCUGAUGUCAAGAUGCCUGGAAAUGUGGACCCAACAGUGUUUGCAGAACUUCCACCAGAACUUCAAAAGGAGUUGAUGUCUGAAUGGAGGCAAGAUAAGCCAGUCUUAAAAGCACCUUCCUCAAAGAAACCCACAAAAAAUGUGACUGGCAAAGACAAAAAGACUACAGAGAAAGGUAGCCAAUCAAACAAUUUGCUGAAAUAUUUCAAACCUCACUAGAAUCAGUGCCUAUUUGUUUGCUUGUGUGUGUGUGUGUGUGUGUGUGUGUGUGUGUGUGUGUGUGUGUGUGUGUGUGUGUGUGUGUGUGUGUGUGUGUGUGUGUGUGUGGGUGGGUGUGUGUGUGUGGGUGUGUGUGUGCUUUUCUACAUAUCUAGCAAUGUCAUUUUCAAACAAAAUUGUAGUUUAUGUAAUAUUACCUUGUUGUCUUACUAAUUCUGACAAAGUAUUGUAUUGAUUCCUGUUCAAAUGAUUAUAUCUAGUUUUUACAAUAUUUUAGUUUCAGUUAUUAUCUGGGCUUUGAUUUAUUUGAUAAUCUGUUUGAAAUAUGUUAGUACAUUGAGAUUGCACGUUCAGAACAUAUGUUUAUUUGUAUUGACUUUACGUAGUUACACUGAAGUGCUUGAAGGAAAAAAAAAAAAAAUUCACACUACUGGUGGGAUUAUUUUGUUGAGCCUCUAGAAAAAAGGCCAGCCUUCACUUGGCUAGUUACAGUAUUAUACUCUCUUUUAGUCACAAUCCAUCCAUUCAACGCAUUAGUGGUCACAAGAAAUUCCGCUAAACUCAAAGUCUGUAAACACACAACUGGUCCACUCUUGUUUUACACUUUUCAGGGUUAAAUACAAAAGGAAAGUUUCAACAAAUACACAUUUCAAGUCACCUGCUUAUAUAUUUUAAUACAGCACACUCUGAAUAGCUGUGUUUUGCACAUGUUUUCAAGUAUAUUGCAAUAAAUAGACUAGUGUU